AUGAUGACUCGGUACGACUGCAACGGAGCUGCCAGCUUCCAGCUCUGCAUCGCCGCUGCGGGCAGUGGGGGCGUGCGGUGCGCGGGAGGGAGGCGUGCGCGCCCCGCGGCCACGGAGGUUAAACUCUCUGCCAAGUUUACCACACCUCGCAGUUCCUCCAGCUUCAGCCAAACCGCACGAAAAGCAGGAACCAUGCAAGGCUUCAAUCGGUACUUCCCGCCCGACUUCGAUCCGAAGACGCACGAUACGCUCAACAACUACCACGGCAAACAUGCGCUGGGAGACAGAGCCCGCAAACUUGAUAAAGGGAUCCUGAUCACUCGAUUCGAAUUACCAUUCAAUAUCUGGUGUGGGAGCUGUGAGGCCCACAUCGGUAUGGGCGUUCGCUACAAUGCCGAGAAGAAGAAGGUCGGAAUGUAUUACACAACCCCCAUCUAUAGCUUCCGGUGCAAAUGUCAUCUUUGUGGGAACUGGUUUGAAAUUCGAACUGAUCCCCAGAACACCCGUUAUGUUGUUGAGAGUGGAGCAAGGCAGAAGCAUGAGGAGUGGGAUCAGGAAGAAAAUGGCGGGAUUGUUUUGAAUCGCAAGGAGGAUGGUGAACCACCGGAUGCGUUUGCUCAAGUGGAGAAAAAAACAAGCGAUAAACUUGCAGCCCUAGAAACUAAAGAUAGGCUCGAGGAACUCAUGGAGUUUAGCGAAGCUAGAAACUCAGAUCCAUUCGCCCUAAGCCAGCGACUGCGAAAGACGUUCCGGAAAGAGAAGGCCGAGCUGAUCACCAAAUCGCGCGGGGAUGAUCAGUUGCGAUCGAAAUACUCUCUACCGGCUGGGCUGAAAUUUAUCGAGGGGGCAGAGGAUGACCCAUCUGACCAAGAACAUGCGAAGGAAGCUCGUCGGUUGAUCGAUACUCACAGGGCUGAAGUGGAAGCAAAGCGCUCUCGACUCAGUGCCGAACGUGGUCUGCCGCCGAUCCGCUCCCACAGUGGGCUCCCGCCAAAAGCUGCUCAAUUGGCUGACCUCAAACAAAAAUUGGCUCCCAGUCGGCAGAAAAAACUCGCCUCAAUUCGCACCGGUUCCUUGGUAUCCCGGCGACCAAUGGCUCGAGCAAACCCUCACACCACCUCUCUUCCCAUGGCUGGAUCGUCUAAGGGGCAGCCUGUCCCUACUGCCGAAAGUUCUAAAAAGCCCCUUGCAAGCUUGGCGGGCUAUUCAAGUGAUUGA